AUGGCGUAUUUUUACAUUGUUUUUUUGGGAUUAUUAGUUACCUACAUUGGGGUAGUUUCUUCUACAUUCGUGUGGAAACAUCACAAUAAUGAGGAGUUACCCUUAGUUUUGGAAGAAAUUCACGAAAAGUGCCCAAAUAUUACAAGAGUAUAUGUACUAACCGAACCAUCUGUUAGAAAUGUUCCCCUUUAUGUCAUUGAGUUUUCUGAUAGCCCUGGUUUCCAUCAACCAUAUAAGCCAGAAGUGAAGUAUGUUGGUAACAUUCAUGGAAAUGAAGUACUUGGCCGGGAGCUUUUGCUGGGUCUCGCUAAUUACCUUUGCGAACGAUACUUAAACCACGAUCGCAAAAUUAAGACCCUCAUCCAUACCACCCGGAUUCAUUUGCUGCCAGCAAUGAACCCUGACGGAUGGCAGCUUUCCUCUGAAACGGGGGCGAACGAUUUUCUCAUUGGCCGUAACAACAAUCACUCUGUGGAUUUGAACCGAAAUUUUCCUGAUCUUGACGCAAUCACAUUCGAGUUGGAACGGCAAGGAAUUAGUCAUAAUAAUCAUUUGUUAAGAGAUGUCACUCGUUUGACAGCACCGGUGGAACCCGAAACUCGGGCUGUAAUAAGAUGGAUGAUGGCUAUUCCAUUCGUGCUUAGCGCAGCUCUCCAUGGUGGAGACUUGGUUGCCAAUUAUCCGUACGAUGAAAGCAGGAGUGGAGCUCCCGUUUCAGAGUAUUCAGCCAGUCCUGACGAUGAUACUUUCAGGGACUUAGCGAUGACAUACGCCGAGUCCCACGCAGAUAUGGCUGAUCCAAAGAGGCAGGGAUGCCGUAUCUCCAAUGACGAUACAACCUCGUACAACUUCGGGAAACAGGGUGGAGUUACUAACGGGGCGGCUUGGUAUAGCUUGAAAGGAGGUAUGCAAGAUUUCAGUUACCUAGCAACCAAUGCAUUCGAAGUGACCCUAGAACUCGGUUGUAAGAAAUAUCCCCCAACGGAAGAGUUAGAAGAAGAAUGGCACAAAAAUCGCGAAGCAUUACUUGCGUUUAUAUGGAAAGCGCAUAUUGGGAUAAAAGGAAUAGUUGGGGAUGACUCUGGAUUUAUUAAAAACGCAAUCAUAUCUGUGGUGAAUAUUACGGGACCGGUGCCGAGACCAAUUCGACAUGACAUAACUACAGGUGACUACGGCGACUACUACCGCCUCCUUACCCCGGGCCACUAUGAGGUGACCGCCAGCCAUCCCGGAUACUUCUCCGUGUCACGAGUGGUUACUGUACCGCAUCAUCAGACCGCUGCUAGGAUCCUAAACUUCAAGUUAGAGCCAAAGACGAGUUGGUUCGACGACUACACAACGUACGGAUCAUACCCAUACGGACUCCGCGAUGGUCAGCCAAGGAUUUAUAAGCGAUCGCUUUACGAACAAGUCACCAACAUGAUGCUAGAGAAAAAGGACACGAAACAUUAG